CGACGCCGAAUGUACGUGUAGCAACUGUCGGAGAGAAACCCAAAGAGGAAUUAUCAAAAUCUACCAAAAAAUUGAAGUCCAUGAUUGUCUCAAUCUUCUGGGACUUCAGAUAAAAAUAGGAAAUAUAGAGAGUUGUAUCAAAGGAACUUCUGAUGGGGAGAAGAUGAGCAUGGAGGACAUUAACAAGUUUAAGGUUCCUUUGAAAUUGUUGUGUGGCGCAGCCUGUGCUGUUACUUUAGUAUUGUGCCAAGUGGAGAAGAAAGCCAAGGGAAAACGCAUAUUGCCAUCAAAAGCUGUGAAAGAGGGGGCUGUUGCUGCCACUACCGCAGUAGCUGCCAUAGUGCUGAUGACUGUGACAGAGGGGACUGCUGAAAACGUAUCAGAUAUUCUCAUUCGGAUGUUUUACAUGAGAAGAACUCCGCCCAAAUUUCUCUUUGUGGAUGUGUUGAAGGCAUUGGCAAAGAAUGAUGAUGAUAUGUACAAUCAAAAUCUGAAACAUCACAGUCUCAUGGAGGUUAUGAUGAUGCGUGGUGGCACAAUAUUUACUCAGCCUGGCUGGUGGCCACACAAGAGAGACUUGAUCUUCAAGUAAAGAGAAAUAGUUUUGAAAAUGGUCUUUUGGAGGUUCAUGUUGGCAUGAUUGUAUUUUGGAGUAGAGGGAGGGAGAAGAAAAUUGAUAUGGUGCCAGUUUCAAUCUACUGGAGAGAAUAUUUGAGCUAUAGAAAACUUGAGGCAAGAAGUAGUGCUGGGUCUUGCAUGUUCUUUAAUCUGUAUGGUGGAAGAGUUGACUUUUGGUUAAAGGAUUUUUGUUUACGACUUUUUAAUUCCUAUAGCAACCUGCAUAGGUAGAUGUUUGUCUGUUUGAUGCUUUGGAACUUGUGGAUACUUGAUUGAGUUUGGUUGUGCUUCAAUUAAAGUCUGUUGAAUUAUAUGCUCUUUGCAAUAAAGUCAUUAGCGUCUGGAGCUGAAAAAUGGAUUGUCAAAGAAGAAAAACAGGUGAAAGGUGGUGGCUUUUCUUAUCUUUCUCCCCUGCAAUCAAGGGAAAUUUGUAGUGUUUCUUACUUUUGCAUCAAAGUAUAGUCACAAAACACUAUCUUGUGCUGAAUUAUUAUAUGGGUUAUUCUUGAAAAGGUUGCAAUCCGCUUUGGUGGGUCAUUCCAGUAAGCAAAGGUUUUUUCCUACCUUAGCCAAGAAAAUUGUUCUGUUAGGCGCACUAUCAUCCCAUCACAUGAAGUAUUGCAUUUGGUAUGUCCUUAGGUUUUUGUUGCUGCCUUUAAAAGAUGUAGACAGGUGCAUUGUAUUUGUGUCCAACCACAUUUCCUUAUCUCAUAUAGGUUGAGAUUGGGUGAGUGCCUGGGUGGUCACUGGUUGAAGUCCCAUUUGGAUACAUGUACUGAAUUGUUUGUUUAUGCCCUCGCAAGUAUUUU